AGCAACGCGUUGUGAACGGUUGUGGUGAAAAUUAUAGAAUUAUUUAUACGGUUUAAUAAAUAAAGUCGGCUUGCAGCAAACUUGUGUUAAAUAAACCCAUUGCAAAAUAGUUAUCCAAGUAUAUAAAAUAAAACUAUAGUAAUUGGAAAAAAGUGCAGUAAACAAACUCAAAUCCAAAUAACAAUUUAACACUUCGUGUGUGUGUAAUACAAACUACGAAAAAGGAUUCAGCCGGCGUACAAAAAGGUAUCGGAAAGUGCAAAACAAACGUUUGCAACAAAAGAAACAACAAAGUACAUCGCGAGCAAAUCAGACUGAAAAGUGUACUUCAGCUAAAUCCCGCAUUUUCCAACACCUUGUAAGUUGCAUUAAAGUCGUCAUCAUUGCUCCCCAACCAGUAAGCAGUACAAUGAAUGGCCAAAGCUAUGAGCUGAACCAUACGAACGGUGAUAUUAUAUCGCAAAAUCAGCAAAAGGGCUGGUGGACAAUUGGCCUGAUUAAUGGCGCACACAGGUAUAUGACGGCCGAAACUUUCGGUUUCAAGCUGAAUGCGAAUGGCGCCAGCCUGAAGAAGAAACAAUUGUGGACAUUGGAGCCAUCGAAUACCGGCGAAAGUAUUAUAUAUCUACGAUCUCAUCUAAAUAAAUAUCUAUCGGUCGAUACAUUCGGCAAUGUACUCUGCGAGAGUGAUGAACGCGAUGCCGGCAGCCGUUUCCAGAUUAGCAUCAGCGAGGAUGGUACUGGCCGUUGGGCAUUGAAGAACGAAUCACGUGGCUACUUCCUUGGCGGCACACCCGACAAACUUGUCUGUACCGCAAAAACCCCCAGUUCCAGUGAGUUCUGGACAGUACACUUGGCUGCCAGGCCACAAGUGAAUUUACGUUCAAUUGGACGUAAACGUUUCGCUCAUCUAUCCGAAUCGCAAGAUGAGAUACACGUCGAUGCGAAUAUCCCAUGGGGCGAAGAUACUUUAUUUACAUUGGAAUUUCGCGCAGAUGAGGGCGGACGCUAUGCUUUGCAUACAUGCAACAACAAGUAUUUGAAUGCUAACGGCAAACUGCAGACUAUUUGCACUGAAGAUUGUCUUUUCAGCGCUGAAUACCAUGGCGGACACUUGGCGCUGCGUGACAAGCAAAGCCAGUAUCUUUCACCAAUUGGCUCUAAGGCUGUGCUAAAAUCGCGUUCCUCUACUGUGACACGUGAUGAACUAUUCUCGUUGGAAGAUUCCUUGCCGCAAGCAUCAUUCAUAGCUGAGCUGAAUUCGCGUUAUGUGUCGGUGAAACAAGGGGUCGAUGUGACCGCAAAUCAGGAUGAGGUGGGAGAGAAUGAGACAUUCCAAUUGGAAUUUGACUGGUCUGCCCACCGCUGGGCGUUGCGCACGACACAAGACCGUUACUGGUGUCUGUCAACUGGUGGUGGCAUACAAGCCACUGGCAAUAGACGUUGUGCUGAUGCGCUCUUUGAACUGGUCUGGCAUGGUGAUGGCUCACUAUCGUUCCGCGCGAACAAUGGCAAAUUUUUGGCUACCAAGCGUUCAGGACAUUUAUUUGCCACAUCAGAGAGUAUUGAGGAAAUAACAAAAUUCUACUUUUAUUUAAUAAAUAGACCCAUUCUUGUACUUAAAUGCGAACAGGGCUUUGUUGGUUAUCGCACGCCUGGCAAUCUCAAGCUGGAAUGCAAUAAAGCCACAUAUGAAACGAUUUUGGUGGAGCGCGCCCAAAAAGGUUUGGUUCACUUGAAGGCACAUAGUGGUAAAUACUGGCGCAUUGAUGGCGAAGGCAUCUCAGUUGAUGCGGACGCGCCAGCUGAUGGCUUCUAUUUGGAGUUGCGAGAACCGACUAGAAUUUGCAUAAGAUCGCAAACUGGCAAAUAUUUGGGCGCCACGAAAAAUGGCGCUUUCAAGUUGCUCGACGAUGGCAGCGACUCGGCCACACAGUGGGAAUUCUAAGCGGUAUUAACGGCUUAAUGGGCUGGGUGAUUGCUUAAUUCAUAAUCCUGUUAGUAUGUAAUUUAUAUGCAUACAUGCAAAAGUAAAUGAUAACAAAGAACACACAUAACAAGUGUUUGCCAAUAAUGAACGUGGAAAAGUUUAUGUUCACACACGCAUAAAUACACAUACAUAUAUUUAAGUGAACUGACAAAGUGAGUCAAAAAGGAAGAAAAAAGUAAAAGAAAAAUUAAAAUUAAAAUAAAAAUAAAAUAAAAAUCAAUAAGAAAUAAAAUUGAUGAAUCAAAAGUGGUUAAGAUAAAUCAUAAUGAAUUAAUAAAUUAAAUACAAAACGCAUGCAAUUCUUAAAUAAAAUAAAUAAAAAGCGAUGAAACUAAAUAAAAUACAAUACACUGCAAUUGGCGAUUUUAGAAAGCAAACACAUGCAUACCUAAAUGAUAAAUAUAGCAUUAAAAGUAAUUUGUAUGAAAAAUGGUAAUAUGGCCCUUUGAGGGGUACGCUUUUACAUACUUGCAUACCUACAUAUACCAUAUAUUCACAUCAUCAUAUUUUUAUACCGUAACGGAGAUGAAAAGAAUUAUGAAAACCCUAAAAUAUAAAUGCAACUAAACAAAUUGCCAACAAAAAACAGGAAACGCACAAUUUUUUACACACUUUUUAUACAGCAACAAAGUCUAGCUUUUAUACCAAGAAAAAAAAAUCAACAAAAAUUGUCAAAUUUGCACUGCCUCGAGGGCAAGUGGAAGUGGUGCGGCGACAUACAUUCGGCUCAACAUACCUAUGCAUAAAAACUCAGUUCCUCUACUGCUGUAGCUGUAGCUGUCAAACACACAAUAACUCUUCAGCUUCAAAAUAAAAGGUUUAUAUUUUAUUAAUUUUACUUAUGCUAAACACAUUCAAAAUAUUCAUACCAUCUGCCUCUUCAGACCAUUUUUCUUUUCUAAAUAUCUCGUCAUUUGUGAUUUAAUACUCAAACGAAAAAAUUUUGAAAAUACGUUGAUUCACAAAUAAGCGCGAAUUGUCUGGCAUUGGCAUCAUGACAUUUGCAAAUUUGCAUGGCAGCACAACAGCUAGAUGUAUAUAUUUGACAACUGAACUUUAAAAUGCCGCGAAGUCAAGCCACUCGCACUUAAAUGUAAAUUGCGCUGAUAUGACUUUUAGUAUUUGCUCUCCCAUUCGACGCACUCCUUUCGAUUUGAUUAAACAGACUUCGAAAAUUUCCAAAUCUAGCACUAAAGGAAUAUUGUGUACAUUAAACGGCGGCAUUGAAGAAAUAGACUGCGAUACAACAAAGCUAAUGUUGUGGCUUAUAAAAAUCAAAACCAAAAAAACGGCUCAUACUAACGGCCCAUUAAUCUGAGUUAAACCCAUGCGCAAUAAAUUGUCAAUAAAAUAAGAUUCGGUAUAACUAUUGCUUAAAUUAAAAUUCCCUAAGACUCAUAAUUGAUUGUUCCCAAUAACAUGCUGAAGGGCUAACACAUUGUUAACAUGUGACUUGUACUUAUAUAUACUCUCAUUACUUAAAGGUGGUAUAUAGGAAACGCAAAUAUAAAGAAAACACUGCGAUCCUCGAAUUAACAAAAGUAGUUGGUGCAUAAUAGUACAGGUCUCCUGCAACUGAAUAAGCGAUGCCUGACGAUUACAGCGAAGUGCAAUCAGCUGCCCCCUCUGCUACAUUCAAUUUUAACAGCAUCUCUUUUUUUGCGGAAAAUUACGUAAAGGUUCGGAUCGCAAAACGCAGCACCGAAAAAGUUUGAGUUAAGCCAAGUCUCAGUUACAACAAAAACGCCAUAUUCACCAUAUGAGCGCAGCAGUUGCACGUCGUCGGACUUACUUUUUAAGUCCAACGUUUUCAUAAUAAAUUUGUAUGUGCUUGUUAGGACUGGUACGUUCAACUAAUUCUGAGGCGGUUGCGAAAAAAAAAAAUGAAAACGAAUAAAUACGCUAACAAACCAAUUUUAAGCUCAAGCCGUUUUUCAGAAUUAUAUCCAGAUUCGCCGCUUUUUUAACGAGCUUAGAGCUUAAAAUAUGCUUCGUAGUUCGUUAUUCACACCCUAUCUAACUCCGCGUGAUUGAUUUCGCUUACGCUUAAUAUUUUCACUCUCAUCAGAAAACCAAGCAGAAUCUGAGCGCAGCGCUGCAGUGUUUGAUCGGUGAGAAGUAAUAAGCUGCGAUGGCAAAUUAUGGUUGAUACAUUACAUAUUUUCGUUACUAGUGCAAGUACCUAUAUCACUGCAAGCAAUUGAAAGACCAGGUAACUCAGAGCUAUUGCGAACAAAAGGUAAUACAAGAAAUGAAUCAUCUGGCACGACAGUUGACAGUUCUAUGUUACUAAAACGACCUGGACCUGACCAUACAUGCAUGGGGAAUGUUUAUGCUGCUACAACAAUAACAUGAAUCAUCUGAUUUCACAAGAAACAAUUUAAUAAAUA